AUGACAACGACACCCACUCUCCCUAAAUUGAUAAUCACACCUUCCACACCCUUACCACCCAAUACAUCAUAUUUCGAUUUCCCCCCUUCUCCGCUUCCUUCACCUUCCUCCCAGACUUUUACUGCGAAUGACGAGAUCCAAUCACGUAGAAGAUCUCAAUCAUUCGAUAAUGAUAAAGUCAACGAGUAUACCGAAAAACGACCUGCUCCUAUACGAUCAUAUUCCUUACCUACCGAUUCAUACCUCUCUUUACCAUCUCUCACCCGUCCAAAAUCAGGUAAACGACCGCUCCGAUCACCCUUGAUAUCCAUCCUGUUCCUCGCAUUUGCCUUUUUAUUGGUCUUAUCAACUGCUAUGUGCACAUCGUCAUCUGCCGGCAAGUUGCUGGACAUACAGAGAGAAGCUGGAAAGAAAAUUAAUGAUUUAUUAAGAUUAAAGGGGUGUAAAGAGCACAACGAGGGUAGCCAGGUUACAGUGACUGGCUUGGCAGAAUUGGAAUCGGAUCAAGGAGGAGCAGGCGGAGCAGGCGGAGUGAAAAGUCUAUUUGACUUUUUAUGGCAUAGGGAAGAAGAAUAUCAACAUUAUGCCAAUUCACUCAUUACGGCUGGUCCAGCAAUUAGUUUGGAUGGUAGUGCGAUUUGGGAUUUCGAUUCGCAAUUUUAG